UCAGACAUCAAACAUCUCACACGGGGGAAAAACCUUAUUCCUGUUCCUGAGUGUGAGAAAUGCUUUGUUUAUAAAUCAGAGUUUGUCGUACAUCAGAGGUCUCACACGGGGGAGAAGCCAUUUUCGUGUUGUGAGUGCGGGAAAUGUUUUUCACACAUAUCCAAUCUUUAUGAACAUCAGCGAUUGCACACAGGAGAAAAGCCGUAUUCCUGUUCUGAGUGCGGGAAAUGCUUUUCACAGAAGUCCAAUCUUUGCAAACACCAGAGAUUGCACACAGGAGAUAAGCCGUUUUCAUGUCCUGAGUGCAGGAAAUGUUUUGUACAAAAAUCACAACUUGUUAAACAUCAAAAGUCUCACACGGGGGAAAAGCCGUAUUCCUGUACUGAGUGUGGGAAAACAUUUUUAUUGAAAUCCAGUCUUUGCAGACAUCAUAGAUUACACACAGGUGAGAAGCCGUAUUCCUGUUCUGAGUGCGGGAAAUGUUUUUCACAGAAGUCCAGUCUUUAUACACAUCAAAGAUUGCAUGUGGGGGAAAAGCCUUAUUUCUGCUCUGAGUGUGGGAAAUGUUUUUCAGAAAAAUCCAAGCUUUAUGACCAUCAGAUAUUGCACACGGGUGAGAAGCCGUAUUCCUGUUCUGAGUGUGGAAAAUGUUUUGUAAAAAAAUCACAACUUGUCAGACAUCAAACAUCUCACACAGACGAGAAGCCAUAUUCCUGUUCUGAGUGUGGGAAAUGUUUUUCACGAAAGUCCUGUCUUUACAGACAUCAGAGAUUGCAUGCAAGUGAGAAGCCGUAUUCCUGUUCCGAGUGCGGGAAAUGCUUUGUACAAAUAUCAUACCUUGUCUCACAUCAGAGAUCUCACACGGGGGAGAAGCCACUUUCCUGUCUGUGCGGGAAAUGCUUUUCAUGGAAGUCCAAUCUUCGUAGACAUCAGAAAUUGCACGCAGGGGAAAAGCCUUAUUCUUGUUCCGAGUGCGAGAAAAGUUUUGUAAAAAAUGCAGAUCUUGUCAAGCAUCAGAGGUCUCACAUUGGGGAAAAGCCUUAUUCCUGUCCUGAGUGUGGGAAAUGUUUUUCAGAAAAGUCAGAUUUACACAGACAUCAGAGAUCACACACAGGGGAGAGGCCUUAUAUCUGCUCUGAGUGUGGGAAAUGCUUUGUACAAAAAUCAGUACUUGUCACACAUCAAAUGUCUCACACGGGGGAAAAGCCACAUUUCUGUCCUGAGUGCGGAAAAUGUUUUUCACGGAAGUCCAGUCUUUACAGACAUCAGAGAUCGCACACAGGGGAGAAGCCGUAUUCCUGUUCUGAGUGCGGGAAAUGUUUUGUACAAAAAAUAUCACUUGUCACCCAUCAAAGAUCUCACAUGGGCGAAAAGCCGUAUUCCUGUCCUGAGUGCAGGAAAUGCUUUACAAGAAAGUCCAAUCUUUCCAUUCAUCAGAGACUGCACAAGGGGAAGAAGCCACUUUCCUGUCCUGAGUGA